UUCGACGCAUGCGUUCUCACGCCUGUUCCUCCCCCCUCCUGGAUGCUAGUGUAGUCGAGGCAGGUAAGGCAAGGCAAGGCAAGGUAAGGUCAGGUACGAAAACCCGGUUUGGCAAAUGAGGUAGUCACAGCAAGAGAGCACUUGCCGUUGGUUGUGAUACAGGCAGCAGCCUACUCAUUGGACAAUGCCUUUGUGUUCUUGUUCCUUUUCUUCUUAAUCCCCUUCUCUCAAUUCUCUUCCCGACCCAUCUCCUCUUCUCCCAUCCAACUACAGUGUACACAUCAUCAGAGUCUUCCACAAUUGCCUUCACCACUUACACCAAUAAACCAAACUCCUUUGGAAUACCCACAUCCAUUGCCAUUGCAUCUAUCCUCUCGAACAAUUCCUUCAUCAUCCAACUCCUUACUACCACGCUACUUUGACCGGCUUGUCAAAACACACAAACUACACCAAAAUGAGACAGACAACCAUCAUCGCUGGCCUCGCAGCCAUGCUUCCCUCUACCGCCCAGGCUUGGUCUAUCCCAGCCCUUCUCGACAUCCGCCAGACCAGCCGUCCCUACCAAGACGUUGUCUGCAAGCCUCAGACAGGUUCUGGUGCCCAGCUUCCCCCUUGCGUCCAAAUCGAGAACAUUGAGCUCGCCUGUCAACCCAAUGGCACCAACCCUAUCGACUACGAGGCACACGCCCAAUGCAUCUGCGGGGGUAGCUUCUUCGCUGAGAAGUUGGCUUGCGAACGAUGCCUCACUAUUCACGGUCUCCGCAGCGAGCGAAACUUAGCUUUCUACAGCGGCGUCCUUUCAUCUGCCUCCAAUGCUCUCUGCACAGGUACUCCCACUGCUGUUUUCGCCAGCAUCUACUCCGGCAUCGAGGCUGCUGCUACUCCCGUGACCACUGGGGCCACUGCCACAAGCGAUCAAGCUCCCAGCAACACGGCUAUUUCUCUCUACUACACGGCUAGCGGCCCCCAGGGACCUGGCACCAUCACUGGUGCAGCUGCGAGUGCCACUGCUGUUGCUAGCCGCACGACGACGAGCCCUACUACUGCUAUGACUGGCUCAGCUUCGGGAGCAACUGGUAGUUCAUCUACCCGUGCUUCAACUGCCACCACCGGUACAGCUUCGGGUGCCGCGGCCACGAGCACAACCGCUGGUAGUGGUGCGAUGCCGACUUACGCUGCUGGUGGCCUCUUGAUGGGUGCUGCUGGUAUUGCAGUUUUCGCAGGACUGUAAGAGAUUGCUGGAGAGGCAGAAUGCUGGUCGUCGCGUGAGGGAAGGGCGGCUUUUAAGAGAUGUCUGGUGACGGAAGUAAUGAUAACGUUUGGCACUGUUCACGAUUCAAGUUUUAAUGAGUAUUGAAUCAAUGCACCUCUCCCUUUCUCCUCGGCUGAGCCGUGACUGUGAUAAGUGACAUGAUCGAAAAUUAAAAUGGGAGUUUCUUAAAUGCAACUCGUUUCUUACACGUGACACUCGGAUUGCAGUGAUGGCGCUUUGGACAAGG